AUGAGCUCUCCGCCUCUUGAAACCGCGAAAUCAGCGUGCGAGGCGGUCUUCCCUACGGAUGUGGAGGGGCAGGGGGGAAUGUGGGACAUCUCUACGCAUGCAUCGACUCACGACUCGAUACUGUGGGAAGAAGAAGGCAUUUCCUUCCCGCUUUCUCAACCAGACCCCCCACGGCGUCAUCCUACGUCUUCCUCCGCUUCUGUUCAGCGACGCAGGCGCUCCGCAGCUUGCUGCUCGGCUCCUUACGUCGCCGCUGCCCAGCAGUCCGGGGUCCGCCGUUCUCGCCGUGAUGGCACACCGUCUCGGAGGAAGCAUUCGCCUCCUCAGGAAGUUACGCCUGGCUCGCCAGCACGGUCGUGUGUAGACAAUGCGUGCAAAGAUGACUGCCCAUCACAAGAAGAAGCCGAGAAAGCGGCGCGUGACAUGACAGAGGCUGCAGUCGCCUCCGCCAGCGCCUUUGCCGCAGACGCGCGCGCUAUUGAUCCCGCCUCGUACGAAUCAAAGCCCACGGCCUUCCUCUACAGAGGCCACACAGCCCAAAUCGCCACCUCCACCGCUGGCAUGUACGGUGAAAUGAUCGAAAGCUUCAUCAAGCAGGUCGUGGCUUAUGCCAAACAGUACGGAGCCGACCAGUUCAGUGUCUUCUGUGAUCUCGGAAGCGGACGGGGUGCCCCUAGCGCGAUAGCUGCUUACGAGCACGACUGGCUAGCUUGUCUAGGGAUAGAAAAGUGCCCGCAAGCGUUUGGGCUGUCUCUGGAAACACAGCGGUGUCUGCUGCUGCGGGAGGCGUCGGCGCGGCUGCGGGAUCGGGAUCGGGAUCCGUUGGUGGCUGCCAAGGCAGAGACGAGCGCUGGGUUGGAAAAGCCAGUGGCAGACACAGAGACGAAGAGCGUUCUGAACAAAGAUAUUCAGGAGCUGUUUGAGGCCAGACCUAUGCGCGCUGUGGCCUUUGCCCACGAUGACCUUUCGGCAUUCCUUGACCUAGAAGGCGUUACCCAUGCCUACUCCUUCGACGCUGCCAUGGAAGGGCCCCUAAUAAACUUCAUUACGCACAUGUUCAUGCAGACAGAGACGUGGUGGUUUUACCUCUCCUUUAGGAACGACUUGAUAUCUCGAUUUGACUUAAAGGGCGCGGAGAUAAAGCACCAAAUCAGCAGCAGUAUGUGGGUGUCUUCUGAGGGGAGAACGGCAUACGUAUACGUAAAAACGGACUGGAAAGAAAGACAACAGCGUCAUCGGAGGUGGCUUCGAGAGCACAUCCUGGCCCCUCAACUGCAGCAGCAGGAGAAGCAGCAUCAGCUGCUGCGGCAUGUACGCAUACAACAGCAGCUUGUGCUGCAACAACUGCAGAAGCAAGAUGAACAGGCAUCUGUAGCUUCCGCCACAGCUGCGGCCGCUGCCGCCGAUUUUGUGCAGAGGACUCCCCGAAGCAGCAGGCGGAACUCUGUUGGGACGCCGCGUUGCCGGAGCAGCAGCAGGAAGCGUUACAGUGCUGCAGCAGAGGCCAUACAGCAACAGCAGCAACAGCAGCAGGACAUGGUGCUGUUCCACUUAGCAGCGCGACGGCAGCAGCUGCAGGUCCUCGAAGAUCUUGGACCUGAAGAAUGGACUUGGGGGGGGAGUUGGGGGGGGCAACGGCAGCAGAAACCGCAGAAGCAGCAGCAGCGGGCGCAACAGCAGUCACGGCAACAACAAAGGACAGAUGAAGGGCUUGCAGAAGACGACGCGGCGCUACUGGAGCAGUUGCGCGCAUUCCGCACCACCCAUUUGCGGCUUUCCAAGUGGCAUCAACCGCUGACUGUGCAAAGUCUGCUGCUAGUAGCUUUGCUGCCGUUUGAGGGACAAAACCAGUGGCUGCAAUUGCAGAAGCAGCUGUUGCAGCCCGCCUCGGGUGUACUGACACGGGCACAGCGGCUGCUGUUGUUGGGGUACGAUGAGGGCGAACGGAAAGAGGAGGAGCUGUCAAGAGACAGGUGGCUGGAGCAAUUGGCAGCAGUGCCUGGGACAGAAGACGCGAGCGCUCUAAGGAAAGAUAUAUACACAAGACUCACAGACCAGCGCAAGCAGGAUCGGUCCCUCUUCACCUUCCUGCCCCCCGACAAAAACGCGUGUGCAGCUUCCACAGGGGAUGGAGAGCUUCCUGACGGAGCCUCUAUUCGCCUGGGAUUUCGUCACAGCUUGAAAGAGUUGCAAGAAAGGCAAUCGCCGAUGCGCUCUCCCCGGUGCCGCAGCUCCGGAACGCCGAUUGCUUCUAGGGAACAGUCUCCUGUGCGGCGGUCUCGCGUGUGGGGUGAUGCUGCAGAUGCAGGGGAGGCGCUGGCGUACCAGCGCCAGCUGCCUAAAACCCCCAACCGCACUCCAGCUCGACAGCCUGCCAGGCGACGACUCAGCAGCCAGUCUAUGUCGCCUGUGGCUUCCCGCGGACGUGCCUCAGGCUUCUCUGCUGCUAUUGCUGCUCUGGGUGCUGCCGAUGCAGCAGCAGCAGCAACGCCGACUCGGCCAAAGGGGGCAGCCUUGGCAGCUGUCGGUACACCCAACACUUGCCGGGAAUUUCAACGGGUAGAGAAAGAGCUCCAGGGUCUCGUCUUUCGAGCAGCAGAAGAACCCCCCAGCAACGAGCCGGAUCGCGUGCCGAUGUCACAGGAUACGUCGUGA